CAAACCUCGGAGAUUCCCACGACAAGCAUGGAAUUUAAAACCAACGAAGAUGAAAAUGAAGAAAAAAAUGGCGUACAUUGGGGAAGACCAAAAAUUCUUUUAGAUGCAGUGUCAAAGGGAAGAUUAAGACAACUUCGUCUUCUACUGGAWGCAGGGAUUAACGUCAACUGCAAAGACAUAAAGAGUGGACACACUGCAUUGAUACGCGCUACCUUACUGGAUAACACAAAGCUUCGUAGAAUUAACACUAAACUUUUGAUCAGCUACGGUGCGAAAGUUAAGAUAGCUGACCAUUUAGGAAGAACAGCGCUUUCUUGGGCUUGCUUACUUGGAAGAGAAAAUUCGUUGAAAAUAUUUCAGAGUAAUCCAGAGCUUGACCUUGCGUAUGACAGCGUUGAUAAGGAAGGCAAUACAAACCUUUUGCUUGCUUGCAUGUCCGGUAAUGCUAAUGUAGUUACGAAUAUUGCACAGGUAUUUCUUAGGAAUCGUCUGGAUGUUAAUCGGAAAAAUUCCCAAGGAGAUAACCCUCUUUCGUACGUCUUGAAACAAGGUGAUCAUCACUUGGCUGACAUCCUACUAGACGUGGCUCACGCGACGCGAUGUGUGAAUCCUUCAACAUUGCGAGAUAUUUUGAGCGCAAAACGACAUGGAAAACAUGGUGGACGUUCUGCAGGUUAUGCCAGACCUAGCACGUCUCAAAAAGUGCCUUGUAAUUUACCUAAACUUUUUAAUCUUUAUACGGAACAGCUAACACAGUCGUACCCAAGGACAGUGAAGUCUGGGUCGUCUGUGUGUCACAAGAACCUGCCGCACUUGGAAACUCCAAGAGUAGAWACUAAAAAAAGAUAUUUAUUGACGGUUUGAUUUGAGCGCAUAAUAUAAUUCGUCGAGGUAGAAAAAUUCCCGCGAAAUUACAUGCAAAAUAUUUGGUCUUGGAAUGACAUGAUUUUACAGCAUGUGCUCGUUGCGACUUGCAUGCAUUUGCAUUGAAGUGGCUUCCCAUUGAGGGGUUUACGUCUUUUUACGAGUGGGAAACUUCACGGCAUUGCCGACUCUACGGGAAACCAUUUCAGCGUUAUGGCAUGUUGUACCGUUUACGUGCUGUAAGUAAGUAUCAUUAGAACUAUAUGUCAUGGUCUUACAAGUCGUGACAUUGAAAUGGCUUCCUAUUGAGCGCCUUUCAUCCCAGGACAUUGAAAUGGUUACCCUUUGAGCGGGUAUUUCUUAUAAGUAGGCUCUCGCUUUUUUUGACUUUUAGAGGAAGCCAAUUUCAGUGCAUGAUGCUGAAAAAUAGGGAAGCAAUGAUUUCAAUGUUACGAGAUGUAGUACCGUUAUGCGCGCUGCAAAAGCUUAAAACCGCUAAUUACCCACUUAAAAUAGAAAAACAUUUCAAAGGAAUGCCCGCAUAAGAGAAACGAGACAUGAAUCUUAAGUACUAGUCUUGGAGAUUUGUCAACAGAGAAUGAUUUAACUAAUGUCAGUCAAUAUUUGUGGCAUGAUAUACAAUUACACAUGAAUAUUCAUGUCCAAUGACAGGUGUUCAUUAGGUAAAAUCAAUCAAAAGAAUCGCAGUGUAAACAUUUGGGACAAAUCUUUUAAGUAAGGAUUAUGUUUUACAUGUAGAAGAAGAUUUAGUCCAUCACGUACGCAAAAGCCAAGCAAGGAUUCAGUGAUUUUACUGAUCUUGACACRGGGAGCCCAAGCUCAACUAACUGUUGCUUAAUUUAAACGACGCUGAUGACUUGGUUUUCUUCAGUUUUCUCAGGUUUCCAGGAAUAGGUGGUAACUUAGCAACCUGCAUGCUCGCUGCUCGGUUCGAGCGUGCAUACUUCAACCUAAUCUGUUUAUCGAGUGCUGACUCAUUCACCGAGGGAAGACUCCCAGAAUUCGAAGACACUGAGCCUCGUUUUGGGAAAAGAAGUCCCUUCACCUCGUUCCCAUGUUGUUGGCUGGUCCGAUUCGGCCUUGCUUUGGAUUCCUUACGUGUUGGGAGCGGGGGGGUUGGUGUUCUGUAUCUCCUAAUAGGUUGUCCUUCUCUGUAUGAGUCCGUUAAUUGCUCCUUGUAAAUGUCGUACAGUUGUAAGAAUUUGUGAUCUUCUGAUGUCAUGUCCGUUGCUAUAGAAACUUGAGAUUGAGAGCAAGAAUCGCUGCCUGGCAAAGAUCUAGAUCCGUCCGUGUCAAGAGAGCCCGAUGAACUAUAUCUUGAGUUCAAUCCACCAGUUAUUUUUCUAGGACUAAGGUUUUGAAGAGCGUCUGAUGUAUUUUUAGUUCUGUUAAGUUUUGUUCCACUUAUUGUCUUGUUGUUUGGAUGCCUUGAUGACGACGUGUCAUCGUUUGCAAACAGAAAUCUAAGAAGGUCUUUCUUUGUUGGCACAUUAGGAUUACUAUCUAGCAAAUUAACCCUAAGGUCAUGACUUUUCGCCGAAAAAAGAUAAAAAGGAUGAGAAUGUACGCAGUCAGUACUAUCAUCAGCUAGUUCUUUGAGGUACUUGAUCACACUUGAAACUGGAGCAUCUCCUUCGGUUAUCAAAAGGCGAGCACAACUCUUGUCUCCUCUAUGAAACGCUGCUAACWAUGGACAAAUACCUGCGUUGUUAGUUUUAUGAAUUUCAUCCAAACUACAAGUCUUUCGAAGCUCUUUUAAAACUAGUUUCGCCGUUUCUAGAUCCCCUGAAAUAACAGCAAGAUAAAGAGGACUGUUGCCAUCGUUGUCGAUAGUAUUGAARUCCAACUCCACAGAGGAAUCUCUCAACAUGAAACGAAGAAUAUCCACGCGUCCAAACACACAUGCCCAUGACACAAAUCCACGGCCAAAUCUAUCCCUCUUAUUUGGAUCAACCCCGUCUGCCACAAGAAGUUUUAGCAUUGUCAUUCGAGUCUUUUCUUCUUCCAAGAAGCAGCAGUGCAUAAGAGCAGUUUGUCCAUUUUCGUCGGUUAAGUUGACAUUCACUCCAGCUUUCAAAAGCRGCUUUACCUGAUGUGGUCUACCAUCCCUCAACGCUUUUAUCAGUAACACCAUUUGUGCUUUAACGAUAUAAAUAAACUAGCUCAAUUCCAGCAAGAAAAAUAGGCUUAUUACUGUACGCAAUUCUAAACACUCAUUGUACAAAUGUACGAAUGUUAGCAGCUGAUUCUGAAUCAAAGUCAAGCAGGUUCACGCAGCUUUACGUGUUUCGUGUGUUAAUGRAGUUGUGUACGGCGUUGUUUAGAGUUCUUAUUAGCUAUUAACUUCUGCUACUUAGACAAUAACCGGUUGUUCCGGUGGACAAUAACUUUGAUUGACAGCCGCUCUUUAAUUAAACAGCCUUGUUUAAACUGUUGGUAAAUAUAAUUUUACAGCCGGCUUUAAAUGACUGAAAACCGUUUAUCAGAUACACGCAAGUUCAUUUGAAGCGACCACGCAGAAGCUGAAUAAAUUUUUGAAAAAUAUUCUGAAAAAUAAGUGAACAUGAAAGUCUUAUCGUAUCUACGCAGCUCAAGAGCUAGGAAAGAUGAAAAUUAGCAUAAAUUAAAGCAGCAGUGGGGUGGGGUAGGAGGAGCAACGGGCUGGUCGUCAAGGAUUGCGAUGUAAUAAGACCAACUGAAACGAUCACACCUCGCAACAAAUAAACUGCGACAAAGGCCAUUUCUUUUCGAAUC